AUGGCGCCCGUUGCCAUGGCAGCAGGGCGGCGGGGAAUCGGACCGGCGGAGGGGGAAAAAUGGCGGCGGUUGCUAUGCCCCCCCGGGGGGGGGGAGGACCUGGCCCCCGACCCGGCGCUGGAGCGGCGCCUGCUGCUGCACCUCGCCGACCUGGCGCUGCCGCUGCCCACCGACGCCGCCGCCAUCUGCCGAGCCAUCGCCGCCCCCGACGCGCCGGCCGCCCCGCGCACGGUGGAGAGCCUCCUGCAGAAGUUCGCGGCGCAGGAGCUGAUCGAGGUGCGCCGGGGGCUGCUGGCCGAAGGUCCCACCCUGGUGACCUACGCCGACCACUCCAAGCUGGCCGCCAUGACCGGCGCCGAGCGGCACGGCGACGCCGACGCCGACGGCCCCGGGAGGAAACGGCGAGCGGAACACGACCCCGGCGGCGCCGGCGGCGCCGGCGGCGGCGGCCCGGGGACGGCCGCCGACGCCGGGAAGGAGGCGGCGAAGAAGUCGCGGAAGCAGGCGUCCGACGUGGACCUGGAGAUCGAGAGCUUGCUCAGCCAGCAGUCCACCAAGGAGCAACAGAGCAAGAAGGUGAGCCAGGAGAUCCUGGAGCUCCUCAACACCACCACGGCCAAGGAGCAGUCCAUCGUGGAGAAGUUCCGCUCGCGGGGCCGGGCGCAGGUGCAGGAGUUCUGCGACCACGGCACCAAGGAGGAGUGCGUCAAGGCCACCGGCGCCGAGCGGCCGUGCCGCAAGCUCCACUUCCGGAGGAUCAUCAACAAGCACACGGACGAGUCCCUGGGGGACUGCUCCUUCCUCAACACCUGCUUCCACAUGGACACCUGCAAGUACGUCCACUACGAGAUCGACGCCUGCGCCGAGGCCACCGGCGAGGCCACCGCGCCUCCAGGCCGCGACCACGGCCAGGAGCUCGCCCGGCCCCAGCCCGACGCCGGCGCUGACCGACUCUUCCCGCCCCAGUGGAUCUGCUGCGACAUCCGCUACCUGGACGUCAGCAUCCUGGGCAAGUUCGCGGUGGUGAUGGCCGACCCGCCGUGGGACAUCCACAUGGAGCUGCCCUACGGCACGCUGACCGACGACGAGAUGCGGCGCCUCAACAUCCCCGUCCUCCAGGACGAGGGCUUCCUCUUCCUCUGGGUCACCGGGCGGGCCAUGGAGCUGGGCCGCGAGUGCCUCAACCUCUGGGGGUACGAGCGGGUGGACGAGAUCAUCUGGGUGAAGACCAACCAGCUGCAGCGCAUCAUCCGCACCGGCCGCACCGGCCACUGGCUCAACCACGGCAAGGAGCACUGCCUGGUCGGGGUGAAAGGAAACCCCCAAGGCUUCAACCGGGGCUUGGACUGCGACGUCAUCGUGGCCGAGGUCCGCUCCACGAGUCAUAAACCCGACGAGAUUUACGGGAUGAUCGAGCGCCUCUCCCCCGGCACCCGCAAAAUCGAGCUUUUCGGGCGACCCCAUAACGUCCAACCCAACUGGAUCACCUUGGGGAACCAGCUGGACGGGAUCCACCUGCUCGACCCCGAUGUGGUGGCGCAGUUCAAGCAGCACUACCCCGACGGGAUCAUCUCGAAACCCAAAAACAUGUGAAGAAAAGUGGAGGGCGGGGGAGGGGGGCACGCUUUUGGGGCGAAUU